AACAUGACAUGUACCCCGCAGCUGGCCGGGACACCACAACCCCGCGUCAGCCCUCGUCCGAAGUGCAAGUACCACCCUUCUCCCCCAUAACCGAGAAGACCUGACAGCCAGCCACCAAUGCGCCUGCACCCGGCCGGCCCGCUCCUGCAGCCACUCCUGAGACUCAAGCCCCUCAAGCCCCUCAACAAGAUGAGCAGCAGCAGCAGCAGCACCCAACCACCACCCCAACUCCCACCCCUCCCCGAAGUCGAGCGGCUCGCGCCGGGCUGCAUCCGCAUCCUGGGCGGCAACCCGGGCAAGUUCACGCUGCAGGGCACCAACACCUACCUCGUCGGCACGGGCGCAUCACGCCUCUUAAUCGACACGGGCGAGGGCCGCGCCUCGUGGCUGGCGGCGCUGCGGCGGGUGCUGCGGGCGGAGGGGGCGACGGUCGCGGCGGCGCUGCUCACGCACUGGCACCACGACCACACGGGCGGCGUGGCCGACCUGCUGGCCGCGUGGCCGGGCACCCCGGUCCACAAGCACCAGCCCCAGCCCCAGCCGGAGCAGGAGUCGGAGGAGGAGGACGCGGCGGGCUGGGCGGGGCUGGCGGACGGGCAGACCUUCCGCGUGGAGGGCGCCACGCUGACGGCCGCGCACACCCCCGGCCACACGGCCGAUCACGUGGUGCUGUUCUGGGCCGAGCGGGGCGCGCUGUUCACGGGCGACAACGUGCUCGGCCACGGCACGAGCGUGUUUGAGGACCUGGCGGCCUAUGUUGCCAGUCUGGAGCGCAUGCGCCGCCUGUAUGACGGGGACGGCCGGGAGGCGGGUGGGCAGCAGCAGCAGCAGCAGCAGCAGGCGACGGCGUACCCGGGCCACGGCGCCGUGGUGCUCGAUGGGCCCGGGAAGAUCGCCGAGUAUAUCCGCCACCGCGGCCAGCGUGAGGAGCAGGUUGUGCAGACGCUGCGUUCGGCUUUGGGCAACGGGGAGGUGGCCGCGGCGGAGGAGGGGAGUGGGAAGGGGACUGGGAACUGGAGUGGGGGGGAUGGGUGGACGGUGAUGGAGCUGGUCCGGAGCAUCUACCGGGAUGUGCCCGAGACCUUGCACCCGGCGGCGGCCGGUGGGGUCGCGCAGAUUUUACAGAAAUUGCAGAAAGAAGGGAGAGUUGUGGAGGUAGACGACGGGGAGCGGUGGAGGCUUGCUUCGGGGUCGGGCCGGUCUGCUUUGUGAGACUUCGGCGGCGCGAGCUUGUAUUGGUAGUGGAUGUAUGUAUGUACAAUACCAACGGAGUGCCACAACAUAAAAUGCAACUGGCUAACUCGGUA